AUGUCGCUGCAGCUUCAGCUUUACAAGCUGAACGACCGAAAUCUGGCCUACACCAAUCUGGUGUACGUGAAUCCCACUGACUUUGCACAGCUCGCCGGACGCAACAAGCCGGUUGGGUACGUCUUGGUCAAGGACAACUACCCCUUUUCCCUUUCGAGCCACCCGGAUGUGCCGUCAGGGAAAAUAUAUCUCAGCAGUGUAUAGUUUUUUCUUUUUGUAGACUUGUUUUUUGAGCUUUCUAAGUGAUCACAUCAAUCUCUUUGCGUGCACUCCUCUUCCUCCAUAUUUCCUUGUUCACUAUGGUGCCCUCCAAGUCCUACAAGUGCAACGAUAAAAAACAGCUCCAGCGAGAUUUUGCCUCUAUUCCUUUGGAUGCCGUCCUGCCGGUCUCAAGCUUCGCACCAACGGCCGACAAUGAAAUCGCGGGCGGGCGCGUCACCGUGGAUGUAAUAGGGAACACUGGGGGUGCUCCGAGGCUCGAGUUGGACGGCAGCUCCCUGCGCGACCUGGUUCUGCAGAAUUUUCGUGGGCAACCGUUUUCGCGCGGGCAGAUGUGUUGCGCAAAAUGGGAAAGAGUCGCGCUAAAGUUCACCUUUGUCGAGCUCGAGAACAAGCGGGACGUGAUGAAAAACGCCGGCCGAAGCCCCGACAGUCCACGGAGCGGGCGCGGCGGCGACGCGGCCGUCAAGAGUUUGUGCAUCCUGAGCCCGUCGGGCGUGCAGCAGCUGGAAUUCAAGAAUGGCCCGAGCCAAACGACGUCCGUUCUCUCUAGCGACAUGAAAAGACAGCAGGUUUUCAAGAAGGACUUCAACUUUGGCGCCAUGGGGAUCGGCGGCUUGACCACGGAGCUGGAAACGAUCUUCCGGAAGGCCUUCGCGUCCAGGCUGUACCCGCCUGCGCUGAUCCGGCAACUCGGGAUAAAACACGUGCGCGGGAUGAUGCUCCACGGCCCGCCCGGGACGGGAAAAACGACCAUCGCGCGGCAGUUGGGGAAGUGCCUGCACGCCCGUGACCCGAUCGUGAAAUCUGGGCCGGAAAUGCUGAACAUGUACGUCGGUGAGGGCGAGCGACAGAUCCGCGAACUGUUCGCGGAGGCGGAAAAGGAGCAGGAGAAGGAGGGGGAAAACAGCGAGCUCCACAUCAUCAUCAUCGACGAGAUCGACGCGAUAUGCAAGCAGCGGGGCUCCGGGCGGGAGGGGAACAGCACGAUGGACAGUAUGGUGAACCAGCUGCUCGCGAAAAUCGACGGGGUGAACGCACUGAACAACAUCCUCCUGAUCGGGAUGACAAAUCGCCUCGACAUGAUCGACGAGGCGCUGCUGCGGCCGGGGCGACUGGAGGUGAAGAUGGAGAUCGGGUUGGCCAAUGAAAGCGGCCGGUUCGAGAUUUUGCAGAUCCACACCAGCGACAUGAAGAAGGCAAAACGGCUCGGGCCGGACGUCGACCUGCAGGAACUUGCGAAAAUCACGAAAAACUACUCCGGCGCAGAGCUGGAGGGCGUGGUGAGGACUGCGGUAAGUUACGCGCUCGCGCGGAAGAUCGACUUCAGCAAUCUAGGGAAAGAACUGACCCAGGAAGAGAUGAAGGAUCUCGUCGUGCAGCGCCAGGACUUCAUCCGCGCCGUAGAGGAGGUUGUACCGAUCUACGGGGUAUGAACUGCAAAAGUAUCGUACUCCUACUCGUAGAAAUGCAUUACAAAUUUCCUCAGCAUGAGAUUUGUAAUGCUGAUUUACCUUAAGAGUAAGAUUUGCAAUGCAAGACUUGCAUUUGUACGAGUACGAUACUUUUGCACAGGAUACGGGGCGAAGGACGCAGAUUUCAGAAGAACAAUCGAAUUCGGAAUGAUCGAGUACUCCAGAAGCUUCACGCACUUGCGAAGGACUUUGCGGCUGCUCAUCGGACAGGUAAGACGAGGAACAGUAUGUUUUUCGCAGUGUUUUUUCAUAAAAGAACCGAAGUCAAGAUGUGCGAAGAAGUCGGCAACUGUACAAUCGCUUCAAAAGUCACCUGCUUUGCAAAUCAUGGACGCUAAUAUCCCAGGUCCGUGGAAAAAUUGAAACCGAUGUCAACUCGCCGCGGGCCGGAGAGGCAGCCAAGCAGCAGGUAGCGGCGGACGCCGCAACGGGGUUGCAGCUGUCGAGCGUGCUGCUUUCCGGCAACCCGAAGUCGGGCAAAACCGCACUGGCGUGCCAUCUGAUAAAGGAAGCCAACUUUCCCUUCGUCCGCUUCCUGUCAGCGCAGAAUUUCAUCGGCAUGGGCGAGCUGUCGAAGAUGAACUUCAUAAACAAGGUAUAGUAAAAGAAGCACGAAGCGUAUCUGGUGGACUUCGACGCUAUAUUAGUGCAACCAAUGUAAUACUGCGCACACGCUAACGCUUUUGCAUAUUUUUGUUAAUCUGUUGAAAUAAAAUGAAAAAUUAAAGAUUUUUGUAGAUUUCGAGAACCAAUAAAAAUAAAAUUUUAAACUUUCGCGGAUUUUGGGAAACGAUAAAAAUAAAAUUUUAAACUUUCGCGGAUCAGCGUUAAUCUUAGAAAAGACGACAAAAAUAAUAUGCGCACGAGCUAAAUACCGCCUCGAUUGUUUCAAUCUGAGUGAGGUUGCAUACCUUUAAGAAAAUCAAAAUUGGUAAUCUCCGGGAGAAUAAAAAUAAAAUUUUGAAACUUCGCGGAUUGCCUUUUCUUUUCAAGGUCAGUCUGUGAUAUUUCUGAUUGACGCUCAUUCCAACACCAGGUCUUCGAAGACGCUUACAAGACCGACAUGUCUUGCGUUAUCAUUGACGAUAUCGAGGCCUUGAUGGAGUACGUACCCAUCGGCCAGCGGUUCAGCAAUGUGAUGUUCCAGGGCCUGAAGCAGCUUGUUUCCAAGAAACCACCGGACGGCCGAAAAUUGUUCAUUAUCUGCACAACCAACGCCCCGGAAUUUAUCCAGAAUUUCGACCUCGCGGCCAGCUUCAACUACAAAUUUGACGUUCCGGAGCUCGCGAACGAGGCGGAAAAGGCCGAGGUACUGAAGAAGCAAGCGGGAUUCGACGAGGACCCAAAAGCGGUCAAGGAGUGCGUUUCCGCCGCGAAAAUGGACCUUGGGGUGAAGAGGCUCAUCUUAAACGCAAAACUCGCAAAAUUUAAGGCAGACACGGAAAAUAUAUCGCUUGUGCAGGCCUUCCUAGAAACCUUGACACUGGGAGGAUAUUGAUGAGGAACGCAACAUGAAGCUGAGGAGUUGGAACUUUGCCUCCAACUUCUAGCGACAACCGCGAACAAGAAAGACGACCCAAAUCACUUUUAGUAGAGUAACGCGACAAGAAGAUUCACGCUUACCUUAGCGCACUUGUGACGCUGACACGCGCCCCGCUUGUCGGUGGCAUUGCUGGUCUUGAUUUGAGCGCUUAC